AUGUCUUCGCAGGCAGAGUCUGUCAUCCGAUCCUCGCCGGAUGCGAGCAGCGACACCAAGCCAGAGGUCGCCAUUGUUAUUGAUGAUACUUCGGUAACCGAGCAAAAGAAAGAUUCAGCUAGUAUCUGGCGCCGUUGCUUGAGCUUCGUCUGGGACUCUGUCGAUGGCGACCCGGAGUAUCGCAGAUACGUCCGGAGGCUGGACCUAUUCUUCUUUCCCACAGUACUUUUCGGCUACUUCAUCAAGUACCUAGAUCAGACGAAUUACAGCAAUGCCUUUGUCAGCGGCAUGCAAGAAGAUCUAUCCCUCUACGGUAAUGAGCGAAACUGGCUCAACACCUGGUUCGCCCUCGGUGUCAUAAUCGGCAGCGUACCGGCACAAUUGCUUCAACUUCGCUACAUUCGUCCGUCAAUCCUCAUCCCCAGCUGCGAGCUCGCAUGGUCCGCACUGGUCAUCGCAAUGGGAUUUGCGAAGACCAUCAAGACGAUGUACGCCCUCCGCUUCUUCAUCGGCCUCCUGGAAUCGUGCGCCUUCCCAGGCUACACUGCUCUCCUAGGCGCCUGGUACGGUCCCACCGAGCUCGCCAAGCGGAUCGCCAUCCUUCUCGAGGUCGAGUCAAUCGCUGGAAUGUUCUCUGGGUAUCUGCAAGCAGGUCUGUACUCCAGUAUGAAUGGCCGGCAUGGACUUGCUGGCUGGCGAUGGCUCUUCGUCAUGGACGGCGUUAUAUCCCUCCCGAUUGCAUUGUGGGGCUUUUUCGGGUUACCAGAUACGCCGCAUAACACGCGGGCAUUCUACCUGAACAAGGAGCAUGUCCGGUAUGGUAUCCAGCGAAUAGAGCGACUCGGCCAUGUGGCUCAAGAGCGACUGACCUGGGCGAAAGCCAAAGCCGUCUAUUGCAGAAGGGACAUUUGGCUAUUUGUCUUUCCCUACGUAAUGCUCGCCGCCAACCAUUCCGCAACCCAAUACUUCAACCUCUACCUCAAAGCCUCGGGCUACAGCGUCUCCCAGCGCAACACCCUCCCCACUGCCGGCAACGCUCUCGCCAUCGUCAUCACUAUCCUCUGGGGUAUGCUCGCAGACCGCACACAUCACUACUACUGGCUCAUCGUCAGUCUGUGCGGCGUCAUGAUGCUGUCGAAUAUCCUGCUGUCGGUGUGGAAUAUCCCCCACAAAGCGUUGAUGGCGGCCUACUACAUCUCCUACGCUGGCUCCGCAACGACGCCGGUGUUGAUCGCGUGGGCCAACCUGGCCCAUGCAAGCGAUCCACAUCUGCGAUCCCUCCUCGUCGCCACAUCGAAUGUCUUUUCCUACGCUUGGGUCCUGUGGGUUCCCCUGGUUCUCUUCCCAACCUACAAUGCUCCAAAGUACAAGUACGGCUACCAGAUCUUGAUCCUAUUCGGUGGUCUCGCAGUUGUGGGCGUCACGCUUCUGAGGAAUUCGUUUCGACGCAAAUCUGGCUGA